GAGGGCAGUCGCAUUCACUGAAGCAACAUCUGUGACUCUGCAGCUUUCCAAAACUUCUGCAGUCUAGUACUCUGCAAAUCCAUGGUCAUGGCACACCUAUGAGGAUGUAAGAGGGACUUCAUUCAGCAUAAAUCCAGCUCUGCACACAUUGUCUUUUGAACUGGAAUUUCACUGUCUGACACUGUAAAUGGAUUCCGUCUGCGAUUGGCAGAGAAGUAGAAAUAUCCAGUUCUGAGAAAAAGCAAGUAGGAGGGGAUAUGGCGACUGGCUCAUACAAAUGGUGGUACAAAACUGAGGCUUGGUGCUUCUGGAUCGUUGGAUGCAAAAUGAGAUCCAUGCAUUAUGUCUUUUGGUGUCUGUACUUCAUUUUUCUUCACUUAUUUUGCACAGCCCAAGAUGAGGACAUGAGAUUAAGUUGUCGAACAGCACAGAGUGACUUAGUAUUCAUCCUUGAUGGCUCAUGGAGUGUGGAUGACACAAAUUUUGAAAUUGUUAAACGGUGGCUGGUGAACAUCACAACGAGCUUUAACAUUGGCCAGAAGUUUACCCAAGUUGGGGUCGUCCAGUACAGUGAUGAACCUGUUUUACACAUACCAUUGGGAAAACAUUACUCGACCAAAGACCUUAUCAAAGCCAUGGAGUCCAUAGAAUACAUGGGGGGCAACACCAACACUGGAAAAGCGAUCAAGUUUGCCAAUGAGAAGCUGUUUGCACUGUCAGAGCGUGGCCCAAACGGGGCUUCAAAAAUUGCUGUGGUUCUGACAGACGGGAAGUCACAAGAUGCAGUGCUUGAAGCUGCAGAGGCCGCGAGGAAAAAAGGGAUAAUACUCUUUGCGAUUGGUGUUGGGGCAGAGACAGAAGAGACAGAGCUGAGAACAAUUGCCAACAAGCCACCUUCAACCUAUGUUUUCUAUGUUGAAGACUAUAAAGCGAUCUCUAAGAUUCGUGAAGUUAUUCGGCAGAAACUGUGUGAAGAAACUGUAUGUCCAAACAAAAUACCAAUUGACUCUCGAGAUGAGAAGGGAUUUGAUAUUCUGUUUCACCUGAAAUUGGCCAAAAAAGCUAAAAAGACACAAGGAUCGUUUUACGGAAUGAAAGCCUACCAAGUGACGUCCAGAGAUGAUUUAACAGAGAAUACCAGGGCUUUGUUUCCUGACGGACUUCCACCUUCUUAUGUGUUUGUGGCCACACUUAAGUACAAGGGCUCCGUGCUAACAGAGGACUGGGAUCUCUGGAGAAUACAGACAAUGGAUGGAGAGCCUCAAAUGGCAGUUACUUUAAAUGGCAUGAAGAGGACGGUCACAUUCACAACUACAAGCACUGCUCAAAGCGGAACACAGACGGUGGUCUUCACCAAAACGCCAGCAAAAAAACUGUUUGAUGAAAAAUGGCACCAGCUGCGUCUUCUGGUAACAGAGGAAGAGGUAUCUCUUUACGUCGAUGACUUGGAAAUUGAAAACCUGCCUCUCGAACCCCCUGCUGGCAUUUUUAUCAAUGGAAAGACACAAGUUGGAAAAUAUGUCAGAAAAGAAACAACAGUUCCUUUUGAAAUUCAGAAACUACGAAUCUACUGUGACCCAGAGCAGAAUAACAGAGAAACUGCUUGUGAAAUACCUGGAGUUGAUGGAGAGUGUGCCAGUGGAUCAGCUGAUAUCGAUCCGACCCCAGAGCCGUGUAUCUGUCCACCCGGGGCACCUGGUACUCCAGGCCAAAAGGGAGAGCCAGGAAGACCUGGGGAUCCUGGCAAACCUGGUCAUACUGGUGCUGAUGGUAAGCCUGGUACUCCAGGGCCAAGAGGAACUACUGGCCUUCAAGGUCCUCCUGGCAUGGCGGGGCUUCGCGGAGCAGAUGGAUAUAAGGGGGAAAAAGGAAGUUCUGGGGAGCCUGGUGAAAGAGGUGUCCCAGGGUUACCUGGCCCUCCAGGUGAACCGGGUGAAAAGGGGGCAACUGGCUCUCAAGGUGCACAAGGAAUGUCAGGCAAAGAUGGGCAACAGGGUGAAAAGGGAAACGCCGGAUCUGUGGGCUCACCUGGAUAUCCAGGGCAACCUGGGACACAUGGAAGAGAUGGGAAAGAUGGAAUUCCAGGAGUGCCUGGGCAAAAGGGUGACACAGGAGCUCCUGGGAUUCCUGGUCUAGAUGGAAGACAAGGACAUCCUGGACUGCCAGGAAUGCCUGGAGCUGAAGGUCCAAGGGCUUUAAAGGGGGAGGCAGGAUUACCUGGAGCAAAGGGAGCAAAGGGCAGCUCGGGGGACAACGGCGAGAUGGGUUUGCCUGGAAUACCUGGUUCACCUGGAAUACCUGGACCUAAGGGCAGCAAAGGAGACAACGGAGUGCCGGGUCAAGCAGGGCUACCUGGUCAGCAGGGCCAACCCGGACAAGCAGGGAACCCAGGAGAGACGGGAUAUCCUGGAAUGCCUGGUGUAAAGGGAUCUAAGGGGGAAAUAGGAGCCCAAGGUGCAAAAGGGGUAGAGGGGCUGAAAGGUGACAAAGGAGAUGCAGGAAAUUCCGGUCAAAAUGGUUUAACUGGGCUGACAGGACAAAAAGGAGAGAAAGGGACAACAGGAGAGCCUGGCCAGAGGGGACAAAUAGGCCAUCAAGGACAGCCAGGGCAAACAGGACAGCCAGGUUCUCCUGGUUCCAGAGGACACAGCGGGGACACCGGACAACCUGGACUACCUGGACCUGCAGGACGACCUGGGAGAGAAAUGUCCGAGGAACGCAUUCAGCAGAUAUGCAGAGAGGUCCUUCGAUCAGAGAUUCCCUCACUUCUUCUUAAUAACCAACAAAGUCAACAGAGAAGUUGCACACACUGCCACACAAGGAUGGGACCUCCUGGGCCAGCAGGGCCAAUAGGUCUCCAGGGUUCCAGAGGUUUUCCUGGAGCACCAGGAUCACACGGAUUGCAGGGACAUCGAGGUUUACCUGGACGGCCUGGUAUUCCUGGCAUGAAAGGUGAUCCAGGAGAAAAGGGUGAAAAAGGAAAUCAAGGACGAUCAGGAAUUGGAGACCCAGGUCAACAAGGUCCACCAGGUCCAGCGGGUCCCCCAGGUAUCGGAAAACCUGGUCAUCCGGGCACAUCCGGCUCGCCUGGGCGUGAUGGGGAAGGUGGAAAGAGAGGAUAUCCAGGAGAACCUGGGCCACCAGGUGUGUGUCAUCCAUCCAUGUGUUAUAGUGCAGUUUUAAGAAGGGACCCUUUUGUUAAAGGGCCAAACUAUUGAAAUGAUGCUGGAUGAAAAAGUCCAGUCUGGAUAUGGUGCUCAGAGAAUGAGAGAAAAGUUAACAGACAACCUUUACAAACUCAGGACGAUCGUAUUUUGAAGGGUGUCUAAGGCAUGGAGACCUUAAGUACCUCUAAUUGUGUAAAUAAUGAAAUGCAUCCCUGGGUGUAUGGAUCAUGGCAUGGCUUCCAAACACCACCGACUGUCCCUAUUCAUUUUCUCUCACAAAACCUUAAGUAUGCAAUCAGACUUGCAACUCAAAGUUACUUUUAUAUAGCGUGAGACACAUCAGACAAACAGUAGCAUCAAGUGUCUGCAGCGCUUCAAUGCUUCCAGACCUUCAAGUGAACAUGUAGAGCUACUUCCUGAUUCAUUUCCUGACUCUCUAGCACCCUCCAGUGUUUGUAUGUUGCUAUUCAUCCAUCCAGUAGGAUUGAUUUUUUUUAAACAGUACUUAAUAUUUUCAUGUUAUCUGCACAGUAGUUAGUCAGCAUUCUGUACAUUUCCAGCAUUUUGACCCUUUUUCCAUCCAUAGCUUAAAUGUAAACCAUAAGCCUGCAUGCUGAAAACUGAACCUUUUUGCUAAUCUGUUUUUGCCUUAUUUUGCUUUCUGUCAGGGGAGAUAAAUGAAUGCCCCAUGUCUAUUAUUAUUAUUAUUAUUAUUAUUAUUAUUAUUAUUAUUAUUAUUAUUAUUAUUAUUAUUGUGUAUUACAAUGUGAGCUUUGUAUAAAGCAGCUGUUUUGCUGAGAGGCAUCAUGAAGUUUUGUUUUUUUCUAAAUGCCUUUUUAACAGAUAAGACAGUAAAUGACUGUUUCCAUUGUUCUUUUAAAAGGUUUUAAUGAUUUUUGAAAGUGUUUUUGUUUGAUGUUUUUCUGUGUUUUUGUGACUUCUAAUUCACUGUUGAUAAUAUGAAUUAAAACUCAUUUUUGUUA